AUGGACUUCGGAGCCUUGGAGACCGUGGUGGCCAACUCUGCCUUCAUUGCUGCCAGAGGCAGCUUUGACGGGAGCAGUGUCCCGUCCUCCCGGGACAAGAAGUACCUGGCCAAGCUCCGGCUGCCCCCGCUGUCCAAGUGCGAGGGUCUCCGUGAGAGCCUCAGCCUGGAGUUCGAUAGCGUGUGCUUGGAGCAGCCCAUUGGGAAGCGGCUCUUCCAGCAGUUCCUGGGCACAGACAAGAGGCAUGCACCGGCCUUGGGGCUCUGGAGAGAUGUCGAGGAUUAUGACACAGCUGAUGAUGACCUGCGGCCGCAGAAGGCACAGGCCCUCCUGGCCGAGUACUUGGACCCCCAGGCCGAGCUCUUCUGUGGCUUCCUAGAUGAGGGCACCAUGGCACGGGUGAAGGAGGGCCCGGUGGGCAGCCAGGAUGGACUCUUCCAGCCAUUGCAGCAGGCCACGCUGGCGCACCUGGGCCGGGAGCCUUUCCAGGAGUUCCUGGGCAGCCUUCAUUUCCUGAGAUUCCUUCAGUGGAAGUGGCUUGAGGCACAGCCCAUUGGCGAGGACUGGUUCCUGGACUUUAGGGUGCUGGGCAAGGGUGGUUUUGGGGAGGUGUCAGCCUGCCAGAUGAAAGCCACUGGCAAGAUGUAUGCCUGCAAGAAGCUUAACAAGAAGCGCCUGAAGAAGAGGAAGGGGUAUCAGGGUGCCAUGGUGGAGAAGAAGAUAUUGGCCAAGGUACACAGCCGCUUCAUCGUCUCAUUGGCCUAUGCAUUUGAGACCAAGGUGGACCUCUGCCUGGUCAUGACCAUCAUGAAUGGAGGUGACCUCAGGUACCACAUCUACAACAUGGAUGAGGAGAACCCUGGCUUCCCAGAGCCACGCGCUAUUUUCUAUACGGCCCAGAUCAUCAGCGGCCUGGAGCACUUGCACCAGAGGCGCAUUGUCUACCGCGACCUCAAGCCAGAGAACGUGCUGCUGGACAACGAUGGCAACGUGCGGAUCUCUGACCUUGGGCUGGCUGUGGAGUUGCAGGAAGGGCAGAGCAAGACCAAGGGCUACGCUGGGACCCCAGGCUUCAUGGCCCCCGAGCUCCUUCGGGGUGAAGAAUACGACUUCUCUGUGGACUACUUUGCCCUAGGGGUCACACUGUACGAGAUGAUCGCAGCCAGAGGGCCCUUCCGUGCUCGUGGGGAGAAGGUGGAGAACAAGGAGCUAAAGCAGCGGAUCCUCUCGGAGCCUGUCAAGUACCCUGACAAUUUCAGCCAGGCCAGCAAGGACUUCUGCGAAGCGUUGCUGGAGAAGGACCCUGGGCGGCGCCUGGGCUUCCGCGAUGGGAGCUGCGAUGGGCUGCGCACACAUGCCCUCUUCGGGGGCAUCAGCUGGAGGCAGCUUGAGGCUGGAAUGCUCAUCCCCCCCUUCAUCCCGGACUCCAGGACUGUCUACGCCAAGAAUAUCCAGGACGUGGGGGCCUUUUCCACCGUCAAGGGCGUGGUCUUUGACAAAGUGGACACGGAAUUCUUCCAGGAAUUUGCCUCUGGCAACUGUCCCAUUCCCUGGCAGGAGGAAAUGAUUGAGACAGGCAUCUUUGGGGAGCUGAAUGUGUGGCGUGCGGAUGGAGAGAUGCCUGAUGACAUGAAGGGGGUGGCUGUGGAGCAGGUGGCUCCUGCAUCCAAGUCGGGGAUGUGUCUGAUCUCCUAGCUGGCUGCCUGAGAGAAGCAGGGAGGCUGGUGAGGAAAGGGAGCUCUGCCAAGGUUAUCAUGGGGCAAGGACUGUGACAUUGGCCUGUGACCCACUCUGCAGCCACAGUCCACUGGCAGCCGUGGUCCUGAGAGGAGUCUCACAGUAGGAGAGCUGCAUUGCAUGGGCAUGGAACAGCAUGCUGUUGCCUGGAGCAGGAACCCCCAACAUGGCGGCCCACUCCCUUUGCCCUGCUUUAUUCAGAGAGACAAACAUGUUCCCCGUGGAACAAGCCAAGAACGCACCAAUGCUUGGAGUCUCUCUCUCGUAGAUGUGCAACCUGCCUCGCUGUGGACAGGACCCUAAGAUCCCAGGCAACACCCCUUGGGCCAUGCGCCUUCCAUUAGCUCAGGGCUUGGCAAAUUGGGGCCUGCUCUGCUUCUGCUCCUAGACAAUGGGACUCUGGCACCUGCCUGGAGACCUUGUCCUCUCUCCCCAGCACCUGCACAGGUUGCCACCUACCUUCCAGACAUUCCCUUGCAGGGAGGCAGAAUCCUGCAGGGAGUCCCAACCUUCCUCAGGAAGUGGUACAGCCAGCUGCCUCUGAUAGCCAGCACCACACGUGUUGAACAGAGCGCUUGUGUCCUCAGUCAGCACUGAGUAUGGUGGGCAUCCGUGUCCUUGAACACUUAUACCACGAGUGGCACCACGAUGGUCAGCUUUCCUGUUCUGAACCUGACACCCACAACUUAAAAGAGGGAGGUUUAACUGGCCCAGGAUUUUGGGGGAUUCAGUCUGUGGUCAGCUCACCCCAAGGCAGGAACAGUGUGGCAGAAAGGGGUGGCAGAAGAAAGCUGCUUAGCUCACGGUGGCUGGGAGCAGAGCAGGGCAGUGCCAGAGGGGAAGGCACAGGGCCCCUCCGGGGUACCAGGCCACACUUCACAGCCCACUCAGACACACGGAGAAAUGUGCCCCACCCACCCCCAGUCAGGUGGACACAAUCAAGCUUAACUGACACAGGUGGCCAUCCAUGUCCUUGGUCAGUAUCAAGUACGAUGGAUGCCUGUGUCUGCUGUCAUCGCUGGGUGAGGUGGUCAUUGUGUCCUCAGGCGGUCACACAACUCAGUGGUGUCCUCAGUCACACCUGUGUGUCCUCAGGCCCCAUCCAUUUUUAGCCAUCAUUGAGUAAGUGGAGUGUGCAUCCUUGGAUGUCACUGGUGUUGGGUGGUCUCUUCUAUAGGGAGCUAGUACAAGUGUGACAGAUCCCAGUGCCCUGAUAGUUGUCACCAGUGUAGUGGUCACCUGUGCCUUCAGGUAGGCAGCACUGGGUAUAGCUCAUGCCUGUCUCCAGGUAGUGCUGAAUAAGGUGGAUGCUGCAUCUGUGGGCAAUCAGAGCCCAAUGUGUAGAUGGCCAAAGUGAGUGUGAAGAGAUGGCACCAAGCAUGGAGGGCCCCUGUAUCCUCUCACAGCCAAUACUGAUUGUGGUGCAUGUCUGCCUUCAAAUAGCACCAGGCACAGUGGGUACUCAUGUCCCUGGUCACACGGCGUGGUGGAUGCCCAUGACUUCAGUCAGCACUGACUGUGGUGGAUCUCAGUGUCCUUGGACAGCUUAUGCCUUGUGUGUUGACACCCGUGUCCUCAGUCACAGUGCAUGUGGAGGGUGCUACGGGAGUGUGUGUGUGUGUGUGUGUGUGUGUAUGCACGCCUGCGCUGGUGGUGUUGUGUACUCAUGUCCUAAGUCAGCACUGUGUGGCGGAUUCUCAUGCCAUGUGUGUGUGGGGUCUCAUGUCUUUCAGCAACAAGUAUGGUGGAUGCCUGCGUCCUCAACAGUCACGCCUUGUGUGGAGGACGCCGUGUCCUCAGGCAUGCAUGUGGUGUGUGAUGUACACGCAUGUCCUAAGUCAGCACUGAGUGUGGUAGAUGCCAAUGGCCUGUCAUAUUACGUGUGGGUGUGUGGCAUGUGCCUGUGUCCCCAGCCAGCACUGAGUGCGGUGGACACCUGUGUCCUUGUGUGGAGGACGCCAUGUCCUUAGGCACCUGUGUGGUACGUAGUGUGUAGCUGCACCCUCAGUCCGCACCAAGUGAAGCAUUGUCUGAGUCCUUAGACAGUCACACUGAGUGUGCAGGACACUACGUCCUCAGGCACGUGCACGGUGUGUGGCAUGUGCCUGUGUCCUCAGGCAGCACAGAGUGCGGUGGACACCUGUGUCCUUCCCUGCUUGCAUGAGGGAUGGUACCCUUGGCAGCCAGCAACUUGGAAGAUUCCUCCCCGGCCAACUCUGGGACCCGCCUGCUUCUGUCCAGUUCGUACCUG